CACACAGAACGUGUCGAAAACGUGUUAAAACGUGUCCAUUUGGCAAUUGUGUCACUAUAUAUUCACCUGUCCUCCGUUUGCACCGCUCGACACUUUUCACUUUCCAUUGCUCCAUAUGGCAUCAUCAGUAGCAUCGCCCUCUUUCCUCAUCGGUCCACCGUCCCUCCGCCAUCAGCCGCCGUCCUCCACCACCGUCACCCCACCACCCACCUCCGAUGCCGAUCCCAAACCCGUCGUCUCUGAUGAACGCCCCUCCAAUCUCGAUCUAUCGAGCCUUCUUGCGAAGCUUCCGUUGCGCGGUUGGACGGAGAACAAUUCCGCCACGUUCAUAUCUUCGGCGAACCCGUGCCUAGAUUUCUUCUUUCACGUCGUCCCCGACACGUCCCCCGAUGAUCUGAUCGGACGGUUGGAGUUAGCUUGGGCGCAUGAUCCGUUGACAGCGUUGAAGCUGAUUUGCAAUCUUCGGGGAGUAAGGGGUACAGGUAAGUCUGAUAAAGAAGGGUUUUAUGCAGCAGCGUUUUGGUUACAUUAUAUUCACCCUAAAACCCUUGCUAAUAAUGUUCAUGCAAUUGCUGAAUUCGGGUAUUUUAAGGAUUUUCUGGAAAUUCUGUAUCGAAUUCUAGAAGGUCCUUUUGUGAGGAAAGAGGAGAAAGAGAAAAGGGGAGUAGCGAGAAGUAGUCGUCGUGGUGGUGGUCGUGCUAGAUUCAAGAAGGUUAGUAGGCCUAGUAGUGAGGAGAAUAAGGAGAAGAAGGAGAAAGUUAGGAGGAACUUGGAAGAAUUGAAGGAAGAAAUUAAGGUAGAACAAGAGAAAGCUAGGGUUUUGAGGAAGGAAAAAGAGGUGGAAAAGGCAAAAAAGGCCUUAGACAAGUAUAAUUCGGAUGAGUAUUAUAGGUUUUUACAUGACAAGAUAUCGGAAUUUUUUGCUGAGUUAUUGAGGGCUGAUAUUGAGAAGUUGAAGUUAGGAAAGAGUAAUGAGAUUAGUUUGGCUGCGAAAUGGUGUCCAACGGUUGAUUCAUCGUACGAUAAGGCUACUUUGAUGUGUGAAAGCAUCGCGAAAAGGAUGUUUCCGAGAGAAAGUUAUAGCGAGUAUAAUGGGGUUGAGGAGGUUCAUUAUGUUUACAGGGUGAGAGAUAGGUUGAGAAAAGAGGUGCUCGUGCCUUUACGUAAGGCGUUAGAAUUGCCGGAGGUGUAUAUGAGUGCUAAUAAGUGGAAUUCGUUGCCCUAUAAUAGGGUAGCGUCUGUGGCUAUGAAGAACUAUAAAGAACUCUUUUUGAAGCAUGAUCAAGAAAGGUUUAAUGCAUAUCUUGAGGAUGUGAAGUCUGGGAAGGCGAAAAUUGCAGCUGGAGCUUUGUUGCCUCAUGAGAUUAUUGGGGCGUUGAGUGAUGAAGAUAGUGGAGUAGUAGCUGAACUUCAAUGGAAAAGAAUGGUUGAUGAUCUUUGUAAGAAAGGAAAGUUAAGUGAUUGUAUCGCGGUAUGUGAUGUUUCUGGGAGUAUGAGUGGGACACCGAUGGAGGUCUCUGUGGCCCUUGGUGUCUUGGUUUCGGAAUUGAGUGAGGAACCAUGGAAGGGGAAAUUGAUCACAUUCAGUGAGUCUCCUGAACUGCAGAAAGUUGAAGGUGAUACUCUAAAAGAGAAGACCGAGUUUGUGAGAAAUAUGGAUUGGGGUGGGAGCACAAACUUCCAGGGAGUGUUCGAUAGGAUUCUGGAAGUGGCAGUACAAGGAAAUCUAAGUGAGGAUCAAAUGAUCAAGAGGGUGUUUGUGUUCAGUGAUAUGGAAUUCGAUCAGGCAUCAGAAAAUGCAUGGGAGACAGACUAUCAGGCAAUUCAACGAAAAUUCGCAGAGAAAGGAUACAAAAAUGUGCCCGAGAUCGUGUUUUGGAACCUUCGUGAUUCAAGGUCGACUCCAGUUUUGGAAAAGCAGAGUGGUGUAGCACUUGUGAGUGGGUUUUCUAAGAAUCUGUUGACCAUGUUCUUGGAAGGUGGUGGAAUUGUUGAUCCUGUGCAGGUUAUGGAGCUUGCUAUUUCCGGUGAAGAGUACCAAAAGCUAGUUGUUUUUGAUUAAUGUGUGAGUUGCUCAAUACAUUUUGGUUUUAGUUUUGAAACUAUGUUGUCCAACUUUGUUACGUAAUGUCUCUUAGAUGAAAGAAUUGUGUGUUACUAAAACGUCAACUGGUGACAUUGAGCUUUGCGUUAUGGAUAUGGAGUAAAGUUGGAUAAUCUUGUGUUUUGUGUU